UCCAAUGUCCUUUAAAUUGUCGUCAUUUAUAUUUCCAGUAUUACCAUUAAUCGUUAUCUCUAAUUUUAGUGACUAUUAUAUUAGUUCAUUUCUUAUUCUAAAGAUAAUUGAUUGUAUGUGAAAUGACACCUUGAAUGAGCUUCGAAGUGGAUCGUUAUACGUCUGCUUGGGCACAUAUAGCCCUCUGUGCUGAUCUCACUUGGGCCUCGGAACCACCCGAUGAUUUUAUCGUAGCAAAUCAACGCCUAUGGGCACAACAUUGCCGUGUGUCCCAUGUUCUUCAAGAAACUGGGAUAGAAUCAGCUCAGGAUAUAACGAGUAGUAAUUGCGAUUCAUCAGAUAAACAUUUGGUAGCUCUACAAGAUAAUGGAAGCAGUAGUAGAAGAAGUGUGAAAGAUGUAAUACCGGAGUCCAGAUUGGCUCAAUUUUAUGGCAAUUUUUACUACGACGACGUAAGGGAAAACUGUUAUACGUGUUCAAAUGAAAAAGGAAACGUGCGUUAUAAUGGUCACGGCUGUGAAAAUUCCGAUCUUACAGAAUGCUGGAUGUUACCGGAGGUGGAGUAUUGGUUUCGUAAGUUAGUGGACAAUUCAGAUCGUGCGGUACCACGUCGUCGUCGACAGUGCAAGAUGCUUACUGAUAGCGAUUUCGAGCGCUGGAACUCGAGCGCUGAGCGAGUCGCGGACGAAGCUGCCCUAGAAGCUAGGAUCCGAAGCGUUCGUCCUUUGUGGAACCAACGUUCCGUUAUUAAUCAAGGCAGGAAGACAGCGAGGGCUCCGAGUCCACCACCAGCUCCUAGGAAGAUACGAGCGAGGCGACGACAACCGAAGAGUUUAGCGGCAUUAGCGCCGCCACCCCCAGCGUACUGCGUUGAUGCCCCGACUAAAUUAUUCUGCGAUCCAUCUUAUAAGUUUCAGUUUGAUGUAACACGUCCUCCACAAUUGACGGAUUAUCAAAGAGCGAUGGGUCGUUUAUCAGCUAGCGUGCAAGCGUUAAUGCGUUCCAGUGCAUCUCGAUGCCCAACAUAUAGAGGGACAAACGUAAGCCGUUACACUCCAACAAUUCCUAGACCUACACGUUUUCCUGACAAACGCUAUGGAGUUUGGUGGCCACGAGAAAAUCAAAACCGAUUAAACCAGAAAUAUAUCAUAAAUCAAGUCCAGAACAUGAAUACUGCUUAUAAAAUAGCUCAAAAGACUGAAAAGUCGGAAAGAAAAGAGGAAACAGAUAAAGAAGUUGAUCAGACAAGUAUUACGCAUACUGAAAAAGACGAAAAUAAAUCAGAUAUUAUAAAAAUGCAACAAAAGGAUAACCUAGUAGAUGACGGACAGUUACCUUCAACUAGUGCCGCUGCUCAAGAAGACUUAAGGAAGAAACGACUUUACAGCACUGUUCUCAGCACGAGCAUUGCACCACCUAUUCACUUAAAUACAGUUGGGAGUAUCAGACUUUCGAAGAAUCUAAACACGCAUGGUCUUAUAAAAUUAAACUCAAAAAUAGCUGUGUCUUCUAGAAUUCGUAUUCCAAUCGUCGAUACGAAAUUUGAGGAACUUGAAAAAGAAGCUUUAGAACAGUAUAAGGAUUCAGAUGAAAGUAUAGACACUAAGUUUCGCGAACUCGAAAAACAGGCAGUUGAACAAUACAGUAAUAGUAACAGCAAUACGAGUUGCAGCAGCGAUAAUUCAGGAAAGAAAAAGCCAGUUAAUUUGCCAACAAAUUGUGAAGGCAUAAAAGAAAAACGUUUGCCAAAAUCGCCAGACGAUAAAUCUGUCGACAGUGUUGUAAUAUAUUCACAAAAUUUUCCCGAUCUUAAUGCGAAAGGGCAGUCAAAUAGUUUGAAUUUAAAAAACUUCCACAUCCCCCCGAGGGGGGAAAAAAAGGAACCAACCCAUAGACUUAAUAAAUGUUUUCGAAAUGUAAAAAACGAUUCGAAAAGAGCAGCAUCAGACACAGACAAUGAAGCCAGAGAUACAACCGUCAAAGGCUCAAAGGCAAAUAAGGGUUCGAUGCGAUGGACAUUACACGUUAUGCCACCAAAAAAGAGGCAUUUAACUUUAUCAGAUUUCUCUUCAGACGAAGAAAUUAAAGAAAACAGCGGUUCAAUAAAAGACGCUGGGCCCUGUAUUAAAAAACACUUAUCAGGGAAAGUAAAAUUGUCUGCUCACGGUGGAGGUGAUUUGCACCCAAUCAUAAGGAAAACAUAGCA